GGUGGAAUUUAGCCAGGUGCAGAAGUUCAGUGGCGAUAGAGUUUUAGGAAUUGUACUGUCCAAAAAUCGUACUUUGUAGGCCCAAAACGACAGCAAUUGAGUCACCCUAUGGCGUAAUAUACUAUUUAGGGCGAAACAGAUGGUUAAAGGAUCGAAAUGAAAAACCAAAAACGAAAAGCUACCGACUGUAAGUAGUGUUACAGACAAGUUUUAUACUUUGAGAUGGGUAGUAUUUUGUUCAUUGAAUGCACUCCCAUUAAUUGCAAGGCUUAGAUAAUAGCACUUCAUGAAAAUCUUUAAACAGGUAUGACCCAAAUAAGAUAUUUUAAAUGAAUUUUGUAUGAUUAUUACAAGCAAUAUUUAUAGUAACAUAAAUACUCUGAAGUGAAGGUCGUGUCAUUAUCUUAUCUGUCUGACCUUACAGCUUCGAAAACAUCGAGAAAGGCCAAGAAAAACAAGGUAUCAUGUUAAAGAGUACCCUGAAGUUAAUUUUUUAUUUGUAAUUGACAGAAAGUCGUGGAAAAAUCGUAAUAAUUCUCAUGUUGAAGACACAAGUAUGAGUUUUAAGAUUCAAGAUGGUGAUGUCUCAGUUGGACAUAUUUUUAACAAAAAAAUGCGUCGUUAUGAGUGCAAUUUACAAGAUUGUUCAACCAGGUGUUUGAGUUAAUAGAGGGUGGCAAAGGGGGGAGAGGAAGGGGGGGUCUUGAUCCUGUUUUGCACAUGACUUUUAGAAAAAUAGUAUUUUACAUGUCAUGAGUGUAAAAGGAAAAACUUCAUAUCUUGCCUUACCUCACAUUUCUGUGUGAUUCAUUGUUUUGAUGAUAAAUUCUUCAACUUUUACAGAUUCGAAAACAAAAAUACAGACACUAAACAUACUGUUUUUGUCUGACCUCUUUGACUGCUGAACAACAACUAACACUGACACAACCGAUUUGAAUUUUAAUUAGUAAGGCUUAAAUUCUAGCAUGCAGUGUUUAUUGGGCUGUCCCAACGGAUGGCGUUAAUGUCAAUGAUCAAGUGCUCACCAGAACAUUCAUUUGUCACCUAUUAGCUUUGGGCUUAAUCAUGCAUCAUGUAUCAGCAGUCACUCUGAAUUGCACCCCAUUGGUUGCCAUGGAAACUAAAAAUGUAUUUGGCGACUAACAUUUUGACAACAGAUUUGAAAAAAAAAGGAAAAAGGAAAAGCAAGAAAAGUUUCAGUCCCUGACUGAAUCAUCAAACAAACAAAUGAAAACAAAAGGUUCUGGAACUCUAAAAGCAACCAAAAUAUUUUUUAUGGCCACCAUUUUAUGACUGAAGGUAGCCAAAAGGUGACACAUACUCUUUGCCACCUGCUUAAUUGCCAUUCAAGGCCAGGCUGUAGUUUAUUCUUCACCUUUCUUUAACUUAUCUUCCUACCACCACAUAGCAAAAACUGAUAUCAAACCCUUGAACAGUACAAAAUUUUGAAACCUCACAUCACAUGCCUUUGGUUUUGGUAAUUCUUCUUAUAAUUAGGUUGAAGAAGAGGAGGAGUUUGUAGAUGAUGAGCCUGUAGAUGAUAGUAUGUAUAUGUCUUUUUAAUGGUCAAAUUGUGCAUUGUAAUCCCCCUUGUUAAGCCAAGGUGGUUUUGGGGAAAACCUUGAAAAAUAUGUUUAACCCUUUAACUCCCAUGAGUGACCAAAACAGAAUUUCUCCUUACAAUAUCAAUACAAUGUCAACCCAGCAAGUGGUGAGAAUAAAGAAAGCUAUCAAUAUGGGGAUAAUUAGUUGAUCCAAUACAAAAUUCUCUGAACUAACAUUAUAAGAAUUGUAUGGUUGGCAGGUAGGAGAAUUACAAAUUUGGUCUGGGAGCUAAAGGGUUAAAUAAAAAAAAUUGUGAAAGCCUAAAUUUUGAAGAUGUAGAUGACUGAAGUUUCAAUAUCCUGUUUUUAAGGGUCUCUGCUAAAUUAUGUUGCUUAGUUGUUCCUAAGUGAAAACCAGUUUGAAGAGAAAUCACAUGUUUGUUAGGAUUACAAUAACAUUUUGGUUAAAGGCUACAAGCAGGAAGCAGGCACAUUGAUUACUAGCAGGUGGAUGUAUCUGCUAUCCCACUGCUGAUGAAACUCCAGAUCUUUGUCAACUUGUGACUUUCUUAACCCUGUUACGGCCUUAGGAAUGACUUCCUUAGUAUUUCUCCCAACAAUAUUACCCCUAAAUCAAACAUUUAGUUAAUGAGAAUAAAGGACAUGAUCAACAUCUAAAGAGGUUCUUCAUUGUUAUACUAAUUCUCCUUGUCAGCACCUUGGGAAAUGUAUAUAGAACAGUAUGGAGAAUAUCAAUACUGAUGUUAGGGUGUAAAGGAUUAAAAAGGCUAUGGAAUAAUCAAUGGUGACAUGUUUUAAUUUAAUUCUAGGUGAGGUUACACCAAAAUCGUCUUCUGCCACAGUGAAUGAUCAGGCAAAUGAAGUGAGUUUAGGAGUGAUUUAUUUUCAUUUGAUAUCUAAACCUGACAUGACUUUUGAUACAGAAAUACCGAUUGAUGUCAAAAUGGUUAUCUAUGAAAAUCCUUAAUAAUUGAAUUAUGAUUGCUGCUAGGAUGAGUUUGGAGCCAAAGAUUAUCGAAAGCUGAUAGAGCUCAAAGCAGAUCAUUCCUCUAGACCUCUCUGGGUGGUGAGUAGGAAGUUAUUUCUGGCAUAACAGAUUUUAAUCAGUCUUAAUUAUUUAUAACUUAAAAGUCAAUCUUUGAAAUUAUGAAAAAGAUUAUUAUUAAUAACAUUUUCUUUACAUCUGAACAAGUUAGAUUAGCACUGUGAUAAUAAUAUUGGCUAGAGAGAGCCCAUGAUCUAAAACCCCUUGGGUUUUUCAUGGGCUUCCCUAUCAGCUGAAGUCUUAAAUUACUUAUUUCAAUUGUAAUUUGAUAAUUAAAUUUGUGCCCAAAGAAAAAGGAGAAGGAAAUAGAAAAUCCUUUGUUUUUCUCUUAUCAGGCUCCUGAUGGUCACAUUUUCCUGGAAUCUUUCUCUCCUGUGUACAAACAUGCCCAUGAUUUUCUUAUAGCCAUUUCCGAGGUAGGUCUGACUCAUGAUAUACAAUGAACUAGAGCUCAAUUUAAGCUCACAGUUAUAUGAAAAUAUUUUAAGUCCAGUUUUACCAUAGCCCAUUGGAAAGAUUUUUUUAAUAGUGUGGAAAGAUUAAUUCAUUUUUGAAUUUUCUUUAUAAUUAAUCUUUUUAAGUGCACUUGACAUUGAUUAAUUAUUUACAAUAUCAAGUAGACUAGUGAUGAGAAUAAGUAAAAGAUUUUUUUUUUUUUCAAAACUGUUUGUAUAAACAGCCAGUCUGCAGACCAGAACAUAUUCAUGAGUACAGGUAAGUACAUACUUAAAUUAUUAUUAUUAUUAUUAUUAUUUUAGUCAAAUUAUGAUUUUUAAAUUAUUGAUAAAUUAAAUUAAUGAGUUAUAAGUGUUAGAUAGCAUCGAAUGAUUUCUCUUUCAGUUUGCCGAAACUUAAAAAAAAAAGACUUGUAAUGAGAUAUGCUUCAGCAAUGUCCUGAAACCAAAUGGGAUUUGCUCUACUUGGUGUCAUUUGUAAUUCAUUUAAUAGUUUAAAAUGAUCUAACCCAGAUUGAUUUGUUUUUUUCUGUCAUUUCUUUCUUUCUUUCCACGUUGUAUAAUAAUUGAUUGAAGAUAAACUAUUCUCAACUGAAAUAAAAAAAAUGUGAUCAUUUUUGUGUGAGGUAUUUAACAUGAUAUCCAUAUAAAAGACACUUGUGAUAGUAUGAUUCAAUUUUUGUCACACUGUUUUUCUUAAAGGUUGACGGCAUAUUCUCUCUAUGCUGCUGUCUCUGUUGGUCUCCAGGUGAGGAUUGUAGUCUCUAGGCUUCAAUGUACACUGUUUUGUAAGAGAAUAAAUUAGAAAAAAAUAGAUUCAGUGCCAUUCUUAUUGAAUUUUGUAAAAUUUCCUUAUGAAUCAGAGCUUGAAUAGGAAACUAUUUUAAAUUUCUUUUAAUAGCAUGUUUGUUAUCUCCUUUUUGGUCUCUCUUGUUUGUGUGAUGUCUUUUUUGUCAUUCUUUUGUUUGAUAUGACAGUUUAUGAUCCAUAUCAUUUCUUUUGUUUGAUAUGACAGUUUAUGAUCCAUAUCAUUUCUCUUGUUUGAUAUGACAGUUUAAGAUCCAUAAAAUAUUUUGGCUUGUGUGUGAUUGGUCUGAACCCAGCACAUGACCAAAUUUCCCCCUUGGAGCUAAAACUGGGUGAUAUCUGAGAAUAUCACCCAAGGAGUAUUCCCCAAUUUUCAAACAUUAUGUCCACUACAAUAAGUCUUUGUUUCAAAUUUAAAUCAAUAUUAGCGAGAGUUUUGUGGUUGUUACAGAAGAAGGGAAAUCUUUUUUUUGUUCAUUAUGUUGUACCAGAGAACAGUCUCAAAAGAAAAUAUCCCACACUGCAUACAAUAAGCUGUUCAUAAUUUUUUUUUUUUUCAUGUACGUUGCAAAAUAUUUGCAAAGAAGAGCAUUUAUGUAAACAAUAGCCCCUAUUUGGUGCAAAAAAUAUAUGUAGAUAUUUGUUAUGGAAAUUAUCUGUUCCUGAAAGAUCACAGUUUUCCUUGAGCUUUGCUCUAGGGAAACUGAUUGCAUCAUGAAACAGGUUAUGUCUGCAUGCAAAUAUGCAUACAUAUUUUCAUGCCAAAUAGAGGCUCUUGUUUACAUUAUUUCUCCUUGCAAGUUGAAUACAAUGUUUUGACCUGUUCUUUCAUUAACUCAAGGUUAAAAUAUAUUAAACUAAAUAAAAAAUAUAUUAUUCAUGAUGUGACUCUAAAAUUCACCACAGCAAACAAAAUGCUAAUGAUAUCCUCUCUUUUUCAGACAAGUGAUAUCAUUGAAUAUUUAAGACGACUCAGCAAAACUACAAUCCCUGAUGGCAUAAUCCAGUUUAUAAAGGUAAAUAUGAGUGGGUAUCUUAACUGAAAACGAAAGAUUUGAUAGAAUGAGAGUGUAGAGUAAUGCAAUUAAUGUCCUCUGCUUCCUUGAAUUUAUCUUUCCUUUUAAUCAAUGUUCUGCUCUUUAUUUGCUUCUUUUCUUUGUUUGUCUCAAGUUGUGCACAUUGAGCUAUGGAAAAGUGAAGCUGGUGCUGAAACACAACAGAUACUUUGUGGAGAGUAGCCAUCCGGUAAGUGAAUAUUCAGAGGUCUUUGAGAUUAAAACCUCUCAUCUUGCAGUAUAGUUGAUCAAGGGUAUGAUUAGCAUGUCCGUACACUGUCCCAAUGAUGAUGAUGUAUAUGAAAGCAUUAUUUUAGAUAUGGAAAUACAAUUUUGUCUCAAGAGUUAUGAAAAUUGCUCAAUGUCUUUACCAUUUUAAGCAAUCUUGGAUCUCCCAAAACAUAUGCAAUUGUGCCACUUAGUUUCAAGGCAGAAGGGAAGAAUGUGGAAGCUCACCUAUCUUCCCCCCCCCCUUAAUUAAGAUUACUUUAGAGAGUGUACCCCUACCCCUAAUUUUGAGGACCUCCCCUCUUUAAGAUAAUAAUUAAAAAAGACUUAUUUUAAGAGGAGACCUCCAUCACUCUAAGUGUUUUUUAGGGGGAGUCCUCUAAAGAUUAAGCAAACCAGAAAUCUUUAAGAAUAAAGCACAAUUUAACUAUAAAUUUUUUUAACUCUGCUGAUUAAUUCCUAGACCAUUGGCCUGAGUUAACCUGAGUUAUAAUCAUUGAUUUUCAAUUAGGAAGUCCUUCAGCAUCUUCUCAGAGACCCACAGAUUCAAGAAUGUAGAAAACGAACAGAGGAAGACAUGGAACUUGGCACAGGAGAGGACCAGCUGGUUAAAUCUACUGUGAGCGGAAAGUCAUCGUUGAAGGUGGAUAAGGGGAAACUUAAAAAGGCACUUGUGCCAUAUGCUUAGUUAGCCAGGUUGAAUUUUAAACUGUAAUGGAUGUAUCUAGUAGGUGUUUAGGGCAUACCAAUAUGUUGAAAAAAGUUAUUUGGCUUUAAGUUAGUAACUUUAUAUCAAAUUGGGGUAAUGAGGCUGAUUAGGCCCCUGGCAGUACAUGCUAAAAUGCUGAGAAAAGUAAAAAAAACCUGACAAAAACUGUUACACAAGUGUCCUAUUUUAGAAGCUGAGUCUGAUUAUAGAAACUAGCAUUCAAUUGUAGACACCAGUGUCUGAUUUUUGGACACUAGUGUGCAAUUCUAAACACUAAUUUCCAACACUAGUGUCUGAUUGUAGACAUUGGUGCAUAAAAUUAUUCUGCCAUUUAGAGGUUAUGAGUUACAGCUUCAUUUCCAUCUGUUUACUUUUCUUAUUUAAAACAGUUGAAUAAACCACAAGAAUCUAAUGGAGACUCGUCACAAGCAGCAGAACAGGUGAUUCAUGUUCCGUGUUAUAGAAAUUUUUUUAGGCGUGAGAAGAAAAACGAGCAGAUGCCCUUUUGAACAUAACUUUUCAACUGGUCCUCUUGUAGUUUAUAACACAUGAAAUAUCAUCAAUGAAAAUUUACCUUAAUCCAUUAGGAUCAGCCGUCAGAGGGGACAUCCAUUCCGACUGACAUUUCAGAUUAUAUUGAGAGAAUAGACCAGGACGAAGAUGAAGAAGAGGUUGGUAAAGAACCGUGUGUUUGUGUAUGUUUGAAGAAAAGAAACAUUGAAAACCCACUUGUAUGACUUCAAAGGUAAAUAAAUUUUGUUUAUUUCUCUUUGAACCUAAUUGUUGUGUCAUCCCUUUCCAGAGUCAGACUUACUCUUUUGAAGUGGCUCAAGAACACAUUGAAAUCUUGCAGAGAAAGUAAGCAUUUUUCACCUCAACAUCCGCACAGGUUUAUCUCCUCCGAGAGCCACGCCUGCUCCAGAUAUCACUAACCCAAAAAGCUCCUACCUCUCUACUCUCCUAAUUUACUAUCAGCUGCAUUCUAGUUCAUUUACACGGAGAAACGGGCCCAUCACGCCAGAGAUACUUCCGCUCCCUGCUCAUCGAUACGCAUGCCCGGAGAAAUGCAUCGUGUGAGUAAAAUGACCUACCCAAGAACAUAACACUAGGACUCGGCGACGACUCAGACCCAGACUUCUCGCUCUGGAGUCCUGCGCUAACUUACAGGCCACUCUGUCUCCCAUUCAGAAACCUAUAGAUUGACCUAAAGAAAGCUCUUUACUUUCUAUUUUCAGGUGCAUUGAACUGGACUAUCCUUUACUAGCAGAAUAUGAUUUCAAAAAUGACGCAGUCAAUCCUGAUCUGAAGUAAGUGACGCUAUCAGUUAAGGGUUUAUUCUAAGGCGCGGCGUUGCGAGAUUUCCGGCCGCAUAAAAUUCACGUCAAAAUUGAACUUGAUCCUCCAUUAGGGGUAAUGGAUGGCUCAUUUACAGUUGAUUGGAGUUGAUUUUUUAAAGUCUUAAAAGUCCGUUUGGAAACUACUGAUCCCCUUUCCCCGGUCUCUGGCGAUGAAAAUGAUUGGCGAUAAAAAUGAUUGUCCUUCCUAAACGUCAAAUGUCCCCCAAAUUUGUCCCCCAGUAAAUUGACAAGUAUAAACAAAUUUCAUUUAAUUGGCGUAUUUUGAACCUUUUUUUCUGACAGCAUAGACCUAAAGCCAACUACAGUUUUAAGGCCAUAUCAGGUAUGGUGACUUUUACUCGAGUUUUACUUGUUUUACCUGUGCAUAUUUGUAUUAUUUAAAUCUUUUGCAAAGUUGUAGAUGACGUUUUGUAUUCUCAUAGCGCAAGAGGCCUUUACGGUGUGAAUCAACCUCUUGCUGCUGUUCCCACAACACUCCAUUUGUAUUUUUACUUGGCACAAGCGAAUUUGAAAGGAGCAUCGUUGUGCCCUUUUGAGUCUCGUGGCUAAAUAGAAUCACUCCAUUUUACUGUGCGUCUCCAAUAUAGAUUUCCAUCUACCCUCCUUUUGCCAUCACUUUCAGUGCCAAAUAUUUGUUAUUUUUUUGUGGUCGUUCAUUUUUUUCCCCAUCAUCCUUCAUCUGAGACAGUGCCAGUGUAGUUCAUGUCAAAUAAUCCCAGUUUUUUUCCGUUAGGAAAAAAGCCUUCGGAAGAUGUUUGGUAACGGAAGAGCCAGAUCUGGUGUCAUUGUCUUACCUUGUGGUGAGGUUCAAAGUAUAUUAAAAUUCUGCGCCUCAAAUAUGCAAGCGUAGGAAUUAAUCGCAAUUUCCAAUCAGGAAAUAGGCAAAUAUUACAGACCUGGGGGAAAUUCAAAAUAUAAAUAAACAAACUGCUUGAAGCGCGAGAAAACGCAAAUAACCAAGUCGCCGUAGGUGUAACCUUGUUAUCUGAUUGGUUAAGACGAUGGUACGAGUUUUCUACACCAACAUACGAGCGAAGUAGAGAAAAGUCAAACUCUGUUAAAAAAAAAAAAAAAGCGGAAACUGAUCAUUUUAACCCUCUGUUUGUAUAAACAGGAGCUGGGAAGACUCUUGUAGGAGUGACGGCUGCAUGUACUGUGAGAAAGCGAUGCCUUGUCCUUUGUACUUCAGGUAAGACGCACGCCCACGUCCCUUAUUCAAUACUCUAGUGUCAAUUUCAUAGUCUGUUCGCAGACCUUCCACUUAUUCUCCUAUUAUCGUCCAGUGAUGUAAAAGCCGCCUGGGAUUUUACGCACACGAACGUGAGAGGGCAGGUUAUGCGCUUUUUCUCUCGCGCUCGUUCUGCGCUUAUUCCCUCGCGCCUACUCUGCGCUUUUCCCUCGCGCUCUUUCCGAGCUACCUCGCAUGACUGAUCAAAUUUAUGGCCCAAAUUAGUGGCCAGCUUGUUUGAUUAGCUAGUUUCCUUUAAGUGUUAUUUGGAAUCGUUUUCCGGAGAGGUUUCAAAUAUAGACAACCUCAGAAUCUCCAUUUUUUCCCUGCCACUUUUGCACUUAGAGAAUGAUAUACGUUUCUUCAUUUCCUCGAAGGUGUUGCAGUAGAACAGUGGAGAACACAGGUGUGGCUAGUUAUAUGAAAUUACCAAUAUGAGAAUUAGUACUCAUCACAUUUCAGGCACAGAGCUUCUCUCUAUCCGCAUGUUGUAUUUUUACGGUGCCAUAACGUUAUUCUUGUGAACAAGACAUUCACUUUGAAAAAAAAACCGUCAUUCUGACUCAAGCGGGCUGUUGGCAUCCACCCUAUGAUUAACUAGAAUUUUAACUCCUGUCAUGUUGUAGACAUCUCGCCUCAUGUAUUUACGGUGCUGCCUCCAUUUGCUUUUUUUUCACUCUAGUUUAAGAUGUGGUCAACCAUUGAUGAUCGCACAAUCUGCCGUUUUACUUCAGACGCGAAAGACAAACCUGUCAGUACGUAUCUUUCAUGAUUGGAGAGGUUUCGUGAGUGGGAAAUGACUUUUGCUUCCAUCAAUAAGUGUCAUAACUGAUACUAAGGCAGACGCCCCGUACUCAUCUAUAAAGAUAUACCUAACUCUCAUAUUUUCUUUUUUAACAGAUUGUAAUAUUGCAAUAUCUACGUACUCUAUGGUGUCUUUCACGGGGAAAAGAUCCUGGGAGGCUGGCGAGGUUGGUAUCGUUUCGAUAUGUCUUCUAAAGGUCUAUGGUUAAGGCUUUAAGAGGGCGCACUAUUUGGUAUCUGUGCCCCUUCUUGCAGAGCUGGUUUUUUUUCUUUUGGCAGGUUAUGAAUUUUAUGCAAACACAAGAAUGGGGCUUAAUGAUUUUAGACGGUGAGUGUUCCACAUUUCUUGUUCCUAAAACGAGUAUCCACUGAAACGCGAAAAAACGUCAUGCCUUGAUAAUCCGUGUUUACCGUUUUUUAGACGGCUCUGUUAGUUCCUUUUUUGGAUUCAUGACAUUCACUUGAAAACCGUCCACUUUAAAAAUGCAUUUUCAAUCGAGUGUCGUGAACCAAAACCUGGCGGCUGGAUUAUGAAGAAUACCAAAGGAACCAUUGUCUGAAACCUCAAAUUCAAAAGCAAAAUACCUAAAGCGCCAGAAGACGUCGGUAAUCAAGUCUUAAUUGAUUUUGGUCUUGCAUCUAAUUGGCUGAGAGGUUGGCGAAAGUUUUCUGGACCAAUCACAAAGCGCAGUGAAGGGAAACCAACAAAAUUGCAGACUACUUCCAAACUCUAAUCGACAGUAACUUUGUAGAGGCCACUCGCUUUCAACAAAAAUUGCUUCCUGACGUAAUUUUUGUGUUUUCUUUAGAGGUUCACACUAUCCCUGCCAAGCAAUUCAGAAGAGUUUUGACAGGUAAGGACAAAACAUUGCUACAAAUCCUCUCAUACACAACUGCACUUUCACAGAAAAAAUUAUGCGAGACGUUUAGUGUUGGCCUUUCAGUUAACAUCUUCACCUGUGUUUCCUAAUAGUUGUUCAAGCGCAUUGUAAACUGGGACUCACAGCAACUCUGGUGCGAGAAGAUGAUAAGAUUCAGGUUUGUGUUCUCUCAUCAAUUCCUAGGUUCCAUUCCUGGACCGGGCCUCACAUGUGAUUUGAGUUUGUUGUUGUUUCUCGACCCUGCUCCGAGGGUUUAUUCCCAGGCCCUACUGUUUCCUUCCCUCUGACGUCGAUGCCCAGGAAACUCCGCUAUUCUCAUAUCCAGUCCUCUCACUGUGAUAUAAGUGAAGAGAUUUGGUGACGAAAUGAAUAGAGAGGCUGUUUUCAGGCGCGAUUUUUGGAUGUGCCAGUGAUCGCUGUGUCCAAGAAUAAUCGAUAUAUUUAUCAAUAAUUCUCUCUUCAGGAUUUGAACUUCCUGAUUGGACCCAAACUUUAUGAGGCCAACUGGAUGGAACUUCAGAACAAUGGAUUUAUUGCACGAGUCCAGUGUGCGGAGGUAUCUGUUCUGCCUACUUCUAUGCUUCUUCGUGUGAAUUUACUUAGGUCUUUUAUUGGGGGCGGGGCUGGCGCAGAGGUAAAAACGCUUGCCUUCCAUCCGCUGUGGCCUAGGUUCCAUUCCUGGACCUGGCUUCACAUGUGGUUUGAGUUUGUGGUUGGUUCUCAUCCUUGCUCCGAGAGUUUUUUUUCCGGGUCCUUCGGUUUCCCUCCCGUCACGAAAACUAACAUUCCAAAUUCCAAUUCGACCUGGAAAUAAUGGACAAGAAGAGCCACCUCGUGGAAUAUCCACUGCUUAAUUCCCAUUAUUUUCAUAGUUAUUAUUAUUAUUAUUAUUAUUAUUAUUAUUAUUUUUUUAUUACCAAUGUUUCUUUUAUCAGGUAUGGUGCCCUAUGACACCCGAGUUUUACAGAGAGUACCUCAAUAUAAGGACAAGAAAGAGGAAGGUAUGACAGCAAGAAAAAAGUUGUGCUGAAUUGAAUGAAUUGUAUCGUUUUCCAAAGGUCUUAAGGAUAUACUUAUUUCUGAAGCCAUCGCGUUCAAAGGUAUGCCCGGUAAAGUGGUAGGUGACUGUUCCCGAAAGCUGCUUCGAUUUGUAAGUUUUCCAAUCUUGCUGACAGGUUCACGGUUUCGUUUUUCGCGCAAGUUGAAUGGAGAGAUCAUUUUCUUACUGUUGAUUGAUCAAUAUCCCGGUUGCUUGGUUAAUGUGGUUUGCUUCGUGAAGAGUUGUGCUUAAUACGCAUAUUCUCCAUACUGUUCUCUAUACAUUUCCUAUGGUGCUACCAGGAGAAUUUGUAGAACAAUCAAGAGCUUCUUAAACUAGUGAUCGUUUCCUUUAUUUUCGUGACCUAAAUGUUUGAUUCAGGGCUUAUAUUGUAAGGAAAAUUAGAUGCUGGUCACUCUCAGGGGUUAAAGGGUUAACUUAACCUUUUUUGUUUCAGUUACUGUAUGUGAUGAAUCCGAACAAGUUCCGGUCUUGCGAGGUAAGAUAAGAUUGUGUUGAAUAAUAAACUAUAAAAACCAACUUUCUUUCGCCUCUUUUCGUGUCGGUGAAAAUGAAAAUUAUAUCAAGCUUCUCAAGCUUGAAAUUGUAAGGUGAACGAAGAAACGUUUUUGUCGCUUCUUGGGGAAGAAUAUUCACCCAGAAGGCGAGAAAAAUUUAUCGCUGUCUCCCUAAGUUGCCAAGGUAAAAAAACUAUAUUCUAAAACUCUUUUAUCAAAUCCCUCUUUACUGUUAUCCUUUCGAUUUCAAAACUUUUUCCUUUAUUCUUUUUCCUUGCGCAGUUUCUGAUUCGUUUUCACGAAAGGUGAGCAUAAAAUUUCCAGUGUUGAAGUUAAAUGAAUAUUUUUUUUUAUGCAAAGAAUUAAUGUCAUUUUAUGCAAAGAAUAGUUAUCCUGAAUUAUAGUUUUUUACGUUUUUGCUGAUGAAUUUUUUGCGUCUUUCUCUUAGACGAAAUGAUAAAGUUAUUGUUUUCUCCGACAACGUGUUCGCGCUCAAAAAAUACGCCGAGAAGCUUAAAAAGUGAGUAUUAUAAUGACACAUGAGUACAUUCUGCGCUCUUGAGGGGCGCAGAACGAGAGGAGCGGUAGACUAGGCUAGACGGGCAGAUAGCUAGGCUGGCAGGCAGGCAGACAGAAUGCCUACAGGCAGGAGCCAAGGCAAUACAAAAUUUAACGAGGUCUUAAUUUUCUGAAGAAGCCGUGUUGCUGCGUGGGCGGGAAACUGUAAUAAUUGGUCGGUUGUCUCUGAACUAUCAGUCGAUACAAUAGGUAAUCGACCGUAAUGAAUAUUGGGGAAAAAAUGACGUUAAAAAAGUUAGAUUUUCGCGUCAGAGCAAGUCGGAAGUAGGGUGAACCCUCGAAACGUCAGCUUUUCAAAAUUUCGCUACAGCAUUUACGAAAGACAACAUACAUUUAUCAGCUUAUGGUACCUUGUUGUGAUCUUAUUUCUCUUUCUUCAGACCGUUUAUUUAUGGACCAACUCACCAAGGAGAACGGAUGCAAAUCCUACAGAACUUUCAACAUAAUCCUUUGGUUAACACAAUUUUUAUAUCGAAGGUAAGAAGAAUUUUAUUUUCCGAUUUUUUAAGAAGCAAAAUUUGGAAAUGUAUUUUUCUCCCAGUCCCUGAGAGUUGAAAAUGUAAUCCAAGAAAGAAACCUUUCGGAUUCGCCAACAAACAGAUUUGUCAUUUUGGCCAAAUUUACCAGUGUAUCAAUCCUCUCUACCAUUUUUGCUAUAUUCGCCAGUAAACAGAUGGGACAUAACUUCUUCAGUUAUUUUUGGCAUUUUUGUUAAAUUUCUUAUAUUCGCUAAGGUAUCCUUGCCAAAAUUGCCAUAUUUUCCAUUAGUGAUCCUUCGCCAAAGUCCUUGGCACACUUUCGCCAAAAUCGCCAUUUUCGUUGCAACUUUGAUUUCUGGACAUAAGUGAGGUUUUUAAAUAUUAGAGAUUAAUAGCACUGGGUUUUAACUCGUCUUUUAUUACUUUGUAGGUUGGAGAUAACUCCUUCGAUCUCCCAGAGGCAAAUGUGUUAAUUCAGGUAGGCUUAACUUCAGGAUUGUUGUCGAACACUUGCAAGUUCAAUCUAGCCUAGAAAUCUACUUCUCAAGAUCCAUGACAUUUAAGAACGUGUUCCUUUUUUUCUUUCCAGAUUUCCUCGCACGGUGGCUCAAGGAGACAGGUUAGGCACCAGUCCUUAUUCAUCACCUGGGGCCUGGGAGCGGGAGGGGGGAAGGUGUUGGAGGUUUUGGGUGGGAACAGAGGGGGAGGGGAUCGGUCGUCACCAACAGAGUAGAAAUGGGGGACUAUAGGAAAUUAACUGUCAAUUAACCACCAGUUAGGGGGGAUCUUUAGAAUAUUGUAGAGCCUUGCGCGACACAACCGAAAUCCUCCACUCCCCCCCUCAGGGAAUUAAAAAUGAAUGGUCACUGUGUAAUUCAUUAUGGAACAACUUCGGAACAGUUCAGAAAUUUAACACGCAUAUGGUUUUCGCGAUGUACGCGGCAUGACCUUGUGUGAUACAACGGAAUUUAAAUAAAAGCCCUUUAAGAGAACCUAAGAAUUUGUAACAUAUUGCAAAACCUUAAUUACAAAACCACCCCCUCUCCCCCUUCUUUGUACAAUACCGUUUAGGAUGGCUUUGUUGCUCAGCUCCGCCUUACCGUAACAUUUGUGUAAUUUUUAACAGGAAGCUCAACGUCUCGGAAGAAUUCUCCGGGCAAAGAAAGGUAUGAGUGAGUCUGUUCCCUGCACACUUAAUCUCGUGGAUUCACCCUGUGACCUCUUAGAGUGACCAGCGUCUAAUUUCUCCUUACAAUAUCAAUUAUGGUCACGAGAAUAACGGAAAUGAUCACCAACUAAAGAAGCUCUUGAUUGUUAAACAAAUUCUCCUUGUCAGCACCACAGGAAAUGUAUAGAGAACAGUAUGGAGAAUAUGCAUACUGGUGUUGGGGUGGAAAGGGCUGGGCCUUUACCUUUCAUGUUCUUAAAGUAUCAAUUCAUAGAAUCUGUUUUCGUAUAUUCUCUACGUUUGGGAAAUUAGUAUGGGGUAAGAGACGAUUUUCGGUAGUAUGGCAUAAAUCAGAGUUCUUACAGAAGGAAAUCAGUGCAGUGAAAAAUUUUACAAGGAGCAAGUGAGGAGUGAGCAAUCCGACUUAAGUAUAACGGAGAUAGCUAACGGCGUGAUUUUAGUGGAGAAGUAAAAACGACUGAAGACCUGGGUCGGGUUCAUUAGGCGACUCGACCCAAAUCUCCCUUUCAUUACUCCGCCAUUUUACUAUCGCGCUUCGAUUUACUAACUUAAAGCCUGGAACAGGCUGUGUCAGAUUGAUCUGAUUGAUGAGGAAUGUGGAGCGAGUUUUCUUGUUUUGAUUAACCACAGAGUCAAGUAAGGCAAACUUAAACCAGUCCCAGAUUAAGUUUCGUAUUCGGUGGAAAAUUACCCCAUCCAAAAUUUAUUUGUUCCUUUCCCCUUUCUCUUUUUCGUAGAUAUGGCCGCGGAGGAGUACAACGCAUUCUUUUACACUCUUGUCUCUACGGUAAGUAAUUUAUUUGAAAAUGUCUCAUGAGAUUAAAAACAGUUCCUCUUGGAGUCGAAUUGUGGCCCUUUUUAUGUCAAGAGGACUGAACCAACCGGUUUGAAAUCCCUUAUACCAGUUUGCUUCCUCUUGAACUUGAAUGGUCAGCGGGAGUCAUGGUGCAAGAAGCGUGAGACUAUCCGUGCGCAUGUUCAGCCGUUCUGCAGCCGUGUCCAGAGUUCAAUGUAUUUGGACGCGAGCAAGGAAUCUGGGUCUGGCACAUGAAAGAAAGGCUUGCUGGCAAACUUCCGUGGAAAAAUAAUGUUGCGAGACAAAUCCAGGCUCUUCUUAUUACGGGCUAUUUUUUUUUUCGGUUGUAGCGAAGAAAAAGAUUUGCUUGACGAAAGUUAACAUGGUGAGAAUUGAGGGGUCUUGCACUAAUUCCAAUUUUAGAAAUAAACCCUUGGUUAACAGUUCGUAACAACUUUCUUUGCUCUGCAGGCUAUUGAAUAGAUAUACUUGCUAAUUUUUCUCUUGAUGUUACAGGACACUGAAGAAAUGUUUUAUUCUGCAAAGCGUCAGCGUUUUCUGGUAAAUCAAGGGUACAGCUUCAAGGUGAGCCCAUUCUCAGCUCUACACAUGUAAACCGCGUCGGAAAUAGUGUUACCGGACGUGUUAUAUCUAAUCCCGGUGAAUACCAGCCAAGAAACUUCUUAAGGACACUCCUUUUUAAGAUCUUGCUUGAGAAUAAAUCUCCACAACCCCUUUUCAGCGUCUUUAAUAAAGAAAAAGUCUGAUGAGUCAGUUUUUUGUAAAGCUGUGUUGUCAAAGAAAGACUUCUCACACUGUUUGUAUACACCCAGCGGUAGCAGAGAAGUCGUAUACGACCACGACAAGCGCGACUCGUUCUUAAGACUGGAAAUACAUUGGGCAGCAUUUAGCGAAUCCUGUGAUCAGAUUAGCUGCCAAAGUGGGCAAGAUGGGCCUAUGUUGUACUCUAAGGAUUGCCCGAUUUGAUUCCAUGCCAAAAAAAAUUGCGUGAAGAAGACUGACAAAUUUCGUACUUUUUGGACAAUGUCGGCAAAAAAUUCGCAUUAUGCGGAAGGGGACAGUAAAACCAAAGAAAACACAAACGAAUUUCUUGGGUUUAUUGUGCUCCAACGCAGUUGGCUUCCAUUCGUGGCUCUUUCGAAAUAAACAAAUCAUUCUUGAUUCCCAUUAUAGUGAGACCUUCUUGCUUUUUAAUAAAUCCUUUUUUAACCAUGCUUUCUCGGUCAAGAUGGCUGGAGAUUGGCCUCUUUCCUUUUUCUGGCGUUUUCAUGGAUCUCGACUUCGUCUAGCCUUGUUAACCUCAUGCUUAGUGAAUAUCGCAUAUAUGAUAAUCCUCCGUUGCCUGAGCAACAUUAUUAAAGAAAAUGAGAGGACAACAAACAAAGCCAAAAGUAUUUUUGUUUUGGAAAUCUUCAAAUAUUUUUCCUUCUAAACUGUCAACGAAAGCAUUGGUAGCGAAAAAAUCGUCAAGGAGUAGUUGCCCAGAGAAACUUGGCUCUUUAAAGUAUUCAGAACGAUCAGGAAUCCUUUUGUCAUUAUUCUACGAAGUAGCCUUGUACUACGCGCGCUCUGAUGGGUCAAAAAUUCAUCUUUUAUCCAUCUGAUAAACCUAUAGCUAUUUGUAAGAGUAAUAGAUAUUACUGUAUGUCGGUUUGGCCUUUUGAUAACGAACCAAGGAUGGGUCUUUUCAAAUUAUAUUUAAUUGAAUUUUGUUCUUCUUUUUUCCUUGCUUCAAGGUCAUUACACGGCUGGCUGGAAUGGAAGAGGUACCUAUAAAUGUAGACUCUAUAUCAAUUAUUAAUUUCAUUUUAAUUGCACUUUUAUCUUGCAAUCGUGUUCAAGGUGAAGGUCGUGACAUGAAGUGAGCUGCAAGUUGCUGAUCCCAUAGUAUUUUUCACUACACUUUUCGAAAUUUCAUGGGGGAUUUAGAUUUUUCUUUGUCCCCUGUUUGUGACAACGUUUGAUAUCUUUCUUAUCCGUAACAUUUGCUGUUUUGCUCCGUAAAAAACUAUUGUCAAUUCAAUUAAAAAAAACCUUACACUAUGAGCAAUGGAAGGGAGGAAACCAUCAAAGAGAUACAGAUGAACAAAUUUGGUGCGAAGGUGAAUAACGACUGGGAAGAUUCACACGGAUUUCAGAUGACUUGUUUUCAUGAUAAACAAACCUUGCUGCUGAUGCUUUAUCAAGUAAUGGUCUAAUACUUUUCGUCGUCCUUGGUUGAACAGGAAAAUUUGGAGCUUGGAGACAAGAGAAAACAGCAGGAACUCCUACAGCAGGUAUGUGCCGAUAAUUGCUUGCGUUACCGCGAACGACAACAAAGUUUAUGGUUCUCUGUCGAACGAGAAGAGUGCUGUUUUGUUUGAAGCGAUUCUACAACGAAGUGUUUCUCAUACUUUGAUAUUAUAAACUCGCCUUCAGUUCGUAAAUUAUUUUCUUCCAAUAAUUUGGCUAAUUUUUGAACACGUAAAGGUUGAUCAAUCACCAAGAAACUCUUCUCUUCUAGUGUAGUUGAUCCACAUUGAAAUAUUUCGUGAACUGAGAUGUUGGAGUUUUGCAUAUUACUGCGAGAAAGAUGCAGUUUCAUGAGCGCAUGGCACCGACGGCAAAAUAGAUGUCAAUUUAAUUGAUUUUAUACUUAAAAGUUAUGUACUUAGUCCUGAAGACAGAUUUAUAUAACUAUGGAUAGUCAGAAUAUGUUCAUUGAUGAGCCCUAUACUUGACACUAAAGAACUGGUUCAUGCUUAGCGUGCGUAUAUCGAGUUAUGGACACACGAGGUAAUUUGUACCAUAAUUCGCAUCGCUUUUGGGAUUGAAGUAUCGUCUAUUUUUCGACGCUUGAAAGAGCUACAUGGUCAUUGUUUUUAGAAACGGGUAUAAUUGAGCAUAUUUUCCUUUCAUUUGAGUUCGAAAAGGUCCAUCUCAGUCGGGAUAGAACGGAAAAACAAUCUUGAAAGGUUUGAAACAUCGCGGCUAAACUCGAUGGAAACUUUCAGCCGAAGUGAGAUUGCACACGUCGUGUUAUGGAUACACGGUCGUGCGGUACAUAGGGAUUUUUGUUAUGACAGCUCCUUAGGAAAUAGGUUGGCCUUACGCGCGCGCUAUGAUAUUAUAUAAUUUGGGUUUUGCGACUAUUUGCAAUGAAUUUGUCCCGGUAGUAAGGCCAGUUUUUUAUAUACGCCCAACAAAGAGUUUCAAUUACUUUUUCGACUAUGACAUAUUUAUUGGCAUAGGGUGGAGGACAUCCGGUUUUUGCACCGAAACAAAACAAUGCUUUGAGUAGCCAGCUCUUAGUCUUUGAAUGACUGCCUUACACUUAAUUGUGGUUACGUAAAUGUGGAUUGAAUAGUGACUGUAGAUUGAAGUAUCGAGGGAUUGAAGUAGUCUCUUGUAAAUCCGCUGAUAUACUGCUGGCGACAAAAGGAAAUGAGGAAGGCAAUAUUUUGUUCAAGUUGCCAGGUUGUGGAUCCUGCCAACCAAUGAAAGUGAGGAAGAAAAGCGAGCUGAAUAAACUUUUUAGAAUGAUCUGGAAUACGACUGUUCCUAACAACCAGCGUGUUUAGUCAUAGAACAACAGUGGGGAUUUAGUUACCUCAUUUUGUGAAUAAAUAAGCCGUUACUGAUUAAAUUUUCCCCAAUCCCGGUGUUCAUUUUCUCUAAAUCCCUUGCGCUAGCUCUCUUGAGGAUGAUCUGUAACCCUUUGACUCUCAAGAUCUCAUUAGGAAUUCUCCUUACUGUCUGCCAAAUGAUUCUCAUUAAGUUAGUUUGGAGAAUUUGGUAUCGGUUCAAUAAGUAACCCCAUAAUUGAUAUUUUUAUUUUUUCUCAUCACUUGUCUGCAUGAUAGUGUGUAGAUAUAGUAAUGAGAAAUUCUGUUUUGGUCACUCACAGUAGUUAAAGGUUUAAGGAAGUCUCAUUCAAAUUUAUGAAAUUAGUGACAUACUACGAACGCCCUCGGUCGAAUUGGACAAAAACCUAUUGUUUAUUUAGCCUGCAGAACAGGCAUAUUUUUUUUGCGUUUUUCAGUGGAACAGGGGUGAGCACGAGCGCCAAAAAUUUUCCUUUCGCAAUCCUACCCUCGCGCGUGACUCGCGCUCGGUUAGCGUUUGUCUCCGUUCGCCUGUUACAUGUAGAAAUUUACGCCGGUUCCGCAGGCUACCCGAGGUGUUGGAGAACACAUUAGAUGUUUGUAAAUCUUUUGCAUCUGGCUCGUGAUUUUCAAGCCCUUCUCAUGGUCUCCCAACAUUCUGCAUGGGUAUAACGUAAGCUGAUAUUGCUUAAGGCCGUGAAAAAAGUCGUGCAAGUUUUUAUCAAGACGAUGUCAACCCCCUGUUAUGAGCACUAUGCUGAUAUUAAACUCCUCGUGUACGUGACUCGUGACAAUGUAUCGUGACACUAGAAUGACAUCCUUUUGUGUACAAGCACUUGAAAAUUUUAUUUCAUGGGGGUUAUUAGAGUUGUCGGGAGUUGCGUGACAUUGUAACGUGACACAGAAUUGCAUUUCCCUUCAGGUGCUGGCUGCUAGUGACGCAGACGCUGAGGAAGAGAGAGUGGGUAAUGAAAUAAACCGCAGUAGCUCGCAGGUACGAUGCAAGGGCGUGGCUAAGUGAGAAGGGGGAAGUCAAGAGGGUGUUGGACCCCAUUCUUAGUGAUGCAAAACACCACAUAUUCGUUAGACGUUGAUGUAGGAUGCCUCUUGAGCUGCAAAACUCCACAUGCUCUCUUGCGAUAUUAUGUGAGGGGGAAAAAAACAUGUCCUCAAGGAAGAGAGAGGGUCACAUGAUUCUAGACGGAAGAUUGUACGGGUACAUUUUUUGUGUCUCAGGGGAGUAGGUAGUCUCUUCUAAGCGACUCUAAAAGGCAGGGCAAGAAGUUUACAAGUACUUUCCAUAUUUAUACAAGGGAACGAGUUGAAAGGGAGGGUCAGAAUUACUUCCCAUUCGGACAAGAGUCACGUUAGUUUUAAGAGCACUCCACAGCUUACUCUCAUCAAACCAAAACGAAAGAUACUACUUCGGCCGAUCGGAGCAAAGGAUUCAGUACAGGUUCUUCCCGUAACGAACCUUUGUCUUUGGGAGACCGGUAUGAGCUUGUUUUUAAGAAAACUUGCUACAUAGAAUUGGCAUUCCAGAUUUCUGAGAUAAGAAUAUCCAGCCCUUUCCCAGCCUUGACUGGACAAGCUGUUGCUUUUAGGAUGAUGUGCAUCUUUUCUCCCAUGGGCAGUUGUUCUGAACAGUGGUAUCAGGGGUUUGGGCCAUCCUGCAAAGCUCACCACGUGACUUCGACUUUUUGUUGGUUUUCAUUUAUACUCGAGUUUUAUAAAAUAGAUCGGAUUCCCAUUAUGUUCAGAACUAUGGAAAAAAUUCCAAUGCUAUAGGUUCUCCACGAGAGGAGGAAACAUUAUUGUAGCUUUACUUACAUGGGUUAAUUUUUUUUCUCUAGAGCUCUAUAGUAUCUCGGCGCCAAGGCUCAAUGGCUUCCAUGUCUGGAGCAGACGAUAUGAUGUAUCUGGAAUACAGGAGUAGUUCAAAACAAUCCAAGUCUAGACAUCCCCUGUUUAAACGUUUCAGAAAAUGAAUUGGAAUGAACUGAGUCUAGCAUUUUAUGCGGCUAUAAAAGAUUCGUUCUGUGAGACUAAAAGAUUGAAAAGAGACAUUAGUAGACCAAGAAGGAUCAGAGAUGGCUAAGGAUGAAAAAGUUGAAGUCACUUUGCAAAUAAUUCGCUAGACUUCGAGCAGUCCUUGCUUUUUGGCGAAGUUCGUCACACGAGUCAAAAAA